AUGGCUGCUGGAAUGCCCAUCGCGUUGUCUCUGCCGCUGGAGCGUCCCAGAAGUGAUGCCAACUCAUUGAGUAAAAGGGCUCAUUGCUCAGAUCUCCACUUGUAUGUUCUUGGCGCUAGGCUUUUUGGAAGUUGGCUGAAUGGAGCAUUUAAAGAUGCCAUAAUGACACUGAAUGUGGCUAUUCCUGUCUCGCGGCGCCUCAUAAUUGCACAAAUUGAAAGCAUAAAUUUGGCAACAACAUCCAUCGCUCAAAGCAUUUCUCACCCAGUAAUUCUGAAGUGCCUCAUCUUUGCCUUAAAUAACGGUGUUGAAAUGAAUGUUGGACGCCCUCUUGACGGUGCGAUUCAAAUAAAUGUAACACAAACUGUUAAUGUGCUGUAA